AUGUCAGAUUAUAUAAUCCAAAAGAUUUCUUCUAAUAUUAGAAAACUUAGUAAAGAUGAAUAUGAAGUUGAUGGUAUUACCUAUCCUUUAUUAGAUGAAAUAGGCAUUGGUGGUCUUAGUCCUGGUGUUGCAGAGAAAGAAGUAGACAUGACCAUGUCUGACCCGGGAAUGGAAGGAGGGGUAUUCAUAAUCCCUGGAACAAAAAAAGAAAAUGGUAAAUUAACUAUUAAAGAUGAUUAUCAAAUGAAAUGUGGGCUUGAAAUAGGUGGAACCAAACUCAUUGGCUGUGAUAAGGAUUUUCAACUAACCCAAGCCUAUAUUGAUUUUCUUCUCAAAUAUCACUUAGCAAAGGAAAGUGGUUUCUUUGGAGAUAAAAAAGAAGCUUUAACAGCAUUAGAGACAUUAGGCAGAGAGAGAGAGAGAGCAAAAUCAACUGAACUCCUUGAAUUAUUGGUGCUGGUUAGUCAAAGACCAGGUGAUAAAGGUAAAAAUCAAUCUCUAAUCUUACUCACUCAAAUUACCAAAGGAGAGAAAAUAAUUCAUAAAAGAUUAAUAGAGGGAGGUAUGAAAACCCAAGCAUUUCAUGACUUCUUAACUGAUUUUAAUCCUCCUAGCAAUGGUAAAAAAAAUUAUUUGAUAAUGAAUAACCUCUCAGUUCAUAAAGCCACUAAAUCAUGUAUAAAGUUAGGAUUGCCAACCAUUGAAGAAUUAUUAAUCAGUAAAAAUAUCAAACCUAUUUAUUUACCCUCAUAUACUCCUGAGUUAAAUCCUGUCAAGAAAAUGUUUAAUAUUACUCGGCAGCAUGUCAAAAGUCAACAGCCAAGAAAAAAAGAUGAAUUGGAGUUGGUGAUUGAAAGAAAAAUAGACUUUUUUAAAGGAGAAGAUUUAGUCAAAUAUUUCGAGAACUCUAUUAAAGAAUGCUUAAUGAAAAAUAAAGAAUACAAAAAGGUUAAAAAUUAUAAUAUAGCCACUAAAAUAUGUGAAUGGUGUA